AUGGUAAGAAAACAUUCCAAAGAUUUCUCCCUUCUAUUUGUAAGAACUCGUGCGUAUGACAAAACGAAGGAACUUUUAGACACAAACGGAUACGUGGUCAUCAAAGUAAACCCUGGAACAGGAAAAACCACAAUCGCCAAAAUUUUGAUGAAAGAGUUUAUGAAGGAAAGGAAAUCUUCCAUUCAGUUUUACAAAAUCACAGACUUGUAUGAAAACAUAUCUCCAAGUGAUGGCAUAGUGGUAUUUAUUGAUAAUUUAUUUGGAGAACUUUCUUUGUCUAAUAACGAUGUUCAACAAUUUACAGCAGCAUCUGAAAUGGUCAAGGUUUUCAUUGAAAAAGAUACGGAUAAUGAAUCAAAUCGUUUCAUAUUUACAAUAAGAAAUGAUAUAUACCAGGACUUUGUAAGUAAUGGGAAUGAUGAUUUCUUUUUAAAGUCAUCAAUAGUUGACUUAUCAAGUGAACCAUAUGCAUUGCAAAAAGAAGAGAUACUUCAGCUAGCCUCUAGGUAUAACCUAUCUAAGUACAUAGACGACGAAGAACUUAUCAGUAAAGUUUCCUUAAUGCCUAUAUCCAUAGGAUUUCCACAGUGUUGUAAAUUAGCACAGAACGCAGGUCUUAAAGAGGAUGUAUCGGCUUUACUGAUGAAUCCUGUAAAGUGUUUGAGAGACUACCUCACAAAGUGUUUAAAGAGUCCGACCGCAAAAACCGCUGUUCUCUUUUACAUUCUUCUCAGUGGGGGUCAAGUUGAUUUCGAGUUUAUAAACAGCCUUCACUUGGAUCUAGAAAUGAAACGUGCCUCUAUUGAAUUGAUUGGUCUACAUAAAUCUUGUAUUAAUGAUUUUCAAGACAGCAUUGAUUCCUUUGAUGGGUUUUUGACAGUUCGAAACAGGAUUAAAAAUUCCAUUACCUUUUCCCAUAGUUCAGUGCAGGAAUCUCUAUUCAAUGUCCUGUUUUAUUUAGACCCCCCAAAAAUUAUUCAAAACUGUCAUCAUUCCUUACUACUAACGAUAACAACAAGUAAAAACCCAAGCAAUACACAAGUUGUCAAAGGAGAAAAAGCUUUUGACGAUGUUGCUCAACGCAUUGCAAACAUCAUUGCAAAUGCUCAAGGGUCUAGUGCAUUGCACUCCGUAGCAAGUUCUGGUGAUAAGCAUGCAUUCAAUCUUCUGCUUAAUUUUGGCUUUGAUCCAUAUGAAAAAGGUCGAGACAGUGGUCAUACGGUUCUUACAUGUGCUUGUCAAGCCGGGAGACUAGAUAUGGUCAAAUAUCUCACUGAGAAAUAUCCUGAUUUAAUCCAUCACCAUACUGAUCAUCGAGGGGAUACUCUUUUUCAUUGGGCGGCGUUCUGUGGAAAAGUUAAUAUGUUUGAGUACUUACUUAAUCUCUUUGAGGAUGAAAAUGUGAUAUCGUUAUUAGCGAGCAACAUAAAACCUGACAUAUAUGAAAAAAAUAAACUGGGCAAAUCUAUCCUUCACACUGCUUGUUUUGAGGGUCAUUAUGACAUGUGUAUGUACCUUUUGAGUAAAUACCCUCCCUUACUGAAUGUGUGUGAUAAACAUGGGAGAAAUGUCCUCCACUCUGCAGCCUCUGGAGGUAAUGUAGACAUUUUUCAGUAUCUAACAAGCAAAGGUUUAGAUAUCGUACCUACGGCAAAUGGUGGGGAGACGGUGUUACAUACCUGUUGUAAAAAGGGUAGAGAGAACAUGUGUACGUAUCUAAAUAACAAAUAUCAACACUUAAUACGCGAAAAAGACAGUAAGGGACUAACAGUGUUACAUUCAGCAUGCCAGGGCGGAAGUGUGGAAAUAGUUUCUUUUUUGCUCAAACAAGGUUUGGAGAUUGAUACAUUGGCAAAUGGUGGUCAAAGUAUUCUUCACGUCGCUUGUCUUUAUGGAAAGUUUGAAGUCUGUGAGUAUUUAAUUGUGAAACAUCCAUAUUUACUAGAUGUCAAGGACAAAUUCGAUUUAACAGUUUUACAUUAUGCAGCCUUAGGAGGUAAUGUGCAAAUUGUGAGACUUUUAACAGAGAAAGAUUUGUUGGAGAUAAGAGACAAGAAGGGCUGGACAGCUUUUCAUUUAGCUUCAUACGUUGGAGCUUUAGAUGUCUUAAAAUUUCUGAUUAAAAAAGACAUUGAUAUCACUUUAGAAGGUAACUGGGGAGAAAAUGUCCUUCACAUAGCUUGUCUUCGCGGACAUUUAAACGUAUGCGAAUUUCUUAUGAUCAACUACCCAGAAUUACUUUAUAAGAAAGACUUUUAUGGUCGUACAAUUUUCCAGUAUGCAGCAGACGGUGAGAAAUGGGAAUUGCUUCAGUAUCUAGUUGAUUUGGGUAUUGACUUUAGUAAUGGAAUGAACAAGUCAGCAAGUACUCACAACGGUGAUGACUCUGAUUUAACUUGUGAGAAAACAUGUAAUAAAAACCCAUCACGUGGGACUAGAUACGGAUAA